CAAACGUGUGCGCGUGCACGCGCAGUAGGUUCUCUGCGUCUCCGCGCCGCGCCUUUUGCACAAAGACUGCUAAUAAACACAGUCAAGUUCAGCGGUGGCGCAUUAAUAACUUUUCCUCGCUGCUCACUGCGACGAUACGGGAUUUGAUUCCGUUUGUUCCUUUUCACUUUUGAAAAUGGAGGAGUGGAGGAUUCUUUAUUGCGUGAUCUAAAAAAAAAAAAAAAAACCCGGGUGCUUUUGAAAUUCAUUACACACACACCUUUUUGCUCAUUUAACUCUGAUUAGCGCGAGCGCCGAGGCUGCAUGGAGGCACCGGGGAAUUCAGAGAAAUCUCAUCUCAUUAACGAGAGAAAUGCCAGAACAUACUCUCUUAAACUCAAAAGUGAAUUUCCUGGUUCCAAAGAAAGCUACCCAAGUCGGGUGUAUGAGAAUGGGGAGGCUACUGGGGCCAUUGAGUUGCAGCGGCCUGUUGGAGCCCACUGCCAUGGAAGCAAAGCUCAGUGGGAGGAGAACCGUGAUACACUUUUGGCUAAAAAGAAGCUGUACAUUGCCUCGAUUAUCUGCCUGGUCUUCAUGAUUGGGGAAGUGAUUGGUGGUUAUCUCGCCCACAGCCUGGCCAUCAUGACAGAUGCUGCUCAUCUGCUCACAGACUUUGGCAGCAUGAUGGUUAGCCUUUUCUCCCUGUGGAUUUCCUAUAGACCUCCCACCAAGACCAUGAAUUUUGGCUGGCACAGAUCAGAGAUUUUGGGAGCGCUGAUAUCCAUAAUGUCCAUCUGGAUAGUUACUGGGGUGUUGGUGUACCUUGCUAUUGAGAGAAUUGUAAAAAAUGAUUAUGAAAUUGAUGGCAGAGUGAUGCUGCUUACUUCGGGAUGUGCUGUUGUGGUCAACAUCAUAAUGGCAUACAUCCUCCAUCACUCCACUACCUUUCACGGAAAUGAUUCUGGCUAUCACAAGAUUACUGAAAAUGGGAUAAGUCCUGUGGGCCAUGGCCACUCUCACAGCCUUCUGGGAAGCCAUGGAAACACCAGUGUCAGGGCGGCAUUCAUCCAUGUUUUGGGUGACCUUUUACAGAGCUUUGGGGUGAUGGUUGCAGCUAUCGUUAUCUACUUACGGCCUGAAUACAAAAUAGCUGAUCCCAUUUGCACCUUCCUGUUCUCUCUGUUUGUCCUGGGGACAACACUUACCAUUCUCCGAGAUGUGUUCCGCAUCCUCAUGGAGGGUGCACCCAGAGGAAUUGAAUUUAACUCUGUGAAGGAGGUGCUGCUAUCACUGAAAUCUGUAAAGGCUUUGCACAGUCUGCGUUUGUGGGCUCUAACUGUUGGACAGACCUUGGUUUCUGUCCAUGUGGCCAUUGAGGAAAAUGCAGAUCCUCAGAAUGUCCUGAAGGAAGCUACAGAGCUCCUGCAGACCAAGUUUGGCUUCUACAGCACCACCAUCCAGGUCGAGCCCUACAGUGAGGACAUGGCCUACUGCACCAUGUGCCAGGAUCCCAUGGACUAACCAAGACAAUCCGGCACCAUGGAGCUGCACAGGGAUGAGGACCACACGCAUCAAGCUAUUCAGAGAUGCUUGGAUAUCAUUGCACUUUUUUCUGCCUUUUGAUUGAUUUUUUCUUUUAGGAUUAUUUGAAGGAUUUGUUUAUUUUAGUCAUGUUCCAUCUGGGUUGGUUUUUUUUUUUUUUUUUUUUUUUGCGCACCUCCUCAUUCAGAACUGUGAUUAUGUAUAUGUGAUUUAAAAAUUGUUUUUUUUUUUUGUUUGUUUGUUUUUGUCCAGCAUCUCGGAGCUCCACCAACAUUUUGCAUCUCAAUAUUUAUGGAUAAAGCUUUAAAUAAGUCCGACAACAAACGGAGAAAAUUUCUAUAUAGGAUUGCAACAGUCAGAUCUCUUGAACCAUCCUUUCCUGUGUUUCAAGUUUUCAUUUUGUAUGUACCUUCAUGCAACACCCCCCCCCCCCCCCCCCCCCCCCCAUAUUUGUUUGCAGCAAACUAGGACAUAAAUACCUCUAACUCAGCUUCACUGAAAUGAUUUUUUUGCCCUCUAUUUUUUUAAUUCCCCCAAAUUUUUUGAUUUAUGAAAUAUAGCUUGUUUGAAUCAUUUUUCAUUUGAACCACUGUAGUAAUGCCUGUAUAAUUCAGUGUGGUUGUUGUAAAUUGAUACGAGGGUAAAUAUGGGUGUGUUAUGCUUAUGACAAGCGACUCAUGGGCAGGAAAUUUGUUCCACGCCACUGAAGCCGAUUCACGACUUGUGCUCAAAUCACAGUUUGAUUAUUUUGUGAAUAAGACUCUGAUUCGUUCAUUCAUCAUUCUGUGCACUCAAAUCCGUAGUUCUUUCUGGGCAGCUUUAUUAAAUAUUUCAUUUUUGUGUA